CUACACACUACAAAGACUACUAAAAAUUGACAGUUUCAAACUUCACAGAAGUGGAUACAAAUUGACAAUGUUUAGCUCUGUAACGAGCUGGUUAGGUGUUGGUCAAAGACCCAAAGAUGAGCCCGAAGAAAAUAAAGAAAAUGAAAGACAGGUGCAUUCCGAUAGUAAGGACAGCAUCAACUCAACUUCAGUCGAGACAAGCAUUAGUUCUAAAGAUGGAUUGACGGAGACAGAAUCUGAUGACAAUGAAGGAAAAGCAUCUUCCACAUCCGAGUCGUCUCAUGACUCAUCACCAUUAGAUACAUUAGAAGAUGUAUCUGCAAAGGCACUCAACACAGCCAGAGAAUUUGGAAAUAUCCUCUUCAGUUUUGGAAAAUCUGCAGGGCGGACUGUUGUAGACACCGCCAAUAAAAUCAAACACACGGUGGAGGAAAGGACAAUCCUUGGUGACUUUACGAGAGAGCAGGACAAGUUUGUGGAGGAAAAGAGGGAGAAGGCCAAGCAGCAAGAGGCCGCGGUGGCCCCGUGGGUGGGGUACAACGAUGAAGAGGAACUCAAGACACAGAUCCUUGCUCUGUCACAGGAUAAGAGGAACUUUGUGAGGAAUCCACCAUCAGGUGUUCAGUUUCAGUUUGACUUCAGCAGUGCGUACCCCAUAGCACUGGCCACACUACAAGAGGACCCCAAUCUUCAGAAGAUGAGAUUUGAUUUGGUGCCCAAGCAGGUUAACGAGGAGACCUUCUGGCGCAACUACUUCUACAGGGUGUCUCUGAUCAGACAGUCAAGUCAACUUGCUUCAUCCCUGGCCCAGCAGUCAGGUAAAAGUUCCAGCAGUAGUUCCCGCAGGUCAUCAACAGGAAGUGAGCACAAAGACGCCGCCCCACAGGCCAAGUCCCCCGGGGGUCACAACAACGACGAGGCCAUGGUGGACACGGCCCCCACCCAGGACGAGUUUGUCAGCGACGCCUUUGGUGAGCAGACGAUCGACGAGGAGGACAUCCGUAAAGAGAUGGAGCAGCAGCUCAGGGUGGCCUCUGAUCUCAAGGAAGUUUCAGAAGGAGCCUGGAAGCAGGAAUUAGAAGAGAAACUUCUAGAACAGAGAGGUGACGACUGGGAGAGAGAACUCCAGCAGGAGCUGCAGGACUACGAGCUGGUGGGAGGGGAGGGUGACGACACUGAUGCUGGCAACGACGAGCUGGAGAGGGAGAUCCUGCAGCAGUUGGAGGAGGAGGCUGGGAGCAUAUCUUAGCUGGGAGGACAUUUUAUCUGGGAGGACAUAGUAGUAGGGAGGACAUUUAUCGGGAAGCAUAUUUAAACUGGGACCAUAUCUUUUAACAUUUUAAUAGGGAGGACAUUUAAUGGGAAGACAUUUAGAUAGUAGGACAUUUAGAUAGUAGGACAUUUAGAUAGUAGGACAUUCUGGUAAAAAAGUAGAAAGGAAAAUUUAUCUGUGAGGAAGUAUAGUUUGGAUAUCUUAGAUGGGUGGAUAUUUAACUGGGAGGAGGUUCUAACUAGGAGGACAUUUAGCUAGGAGGAAAAUUAACUAGGACAUUUAGCUAGGAGGAAAAUUAACUAGGACAUUUAGCUAGGAGGAAAAUUAACUAGGACAUUUAGCUAGGAGGAAAAUUAACUAGGACAUUUAGCUAGGAGGACAGUUUUGAUGUUAGUUUAGCUGUGACAUUGUAACUGAAUCAUGCUGUUGGUGGAGCAGUUCAUUGAACUUGAGACACUACUUGGUUGUUUUUUUCAAAUUUGGUUUGAGAUUUGCCACCAGCUCUGGAUGUAAUAUCAACCAGAUAAGGUUUGCAGGUCUGUUGUUCCAUAUUUUUCAUGUUCCAAUACUUUGUGGGUCAUUGAUAAAUUUGAGGGAAUUUUUUUUUACCUGUUGUUUCAUGUUUAUUGUAUAAUCCAACAUUUAAAUGUGACAGAAAUAAAAACAGUUUCCAGGUCAAAGGUUACUUCACAUACAUCAUCCCAGUCAUUGCUACACGUUAUUUCAAUCAUUUUCUUCUUCUUUUUUCAACUUUUUAAUUAUU